AAUGACGUGUUUCACCCUAAAUUAUGUCAACUAUCAAGUUGUUUUGAAUUUUUGUAUGUUUUGAGGUUAUGUGGUGACGAUGGCUGUGCCCCUUGAGUCUGUAUCCGACGCUGUGCUUCAAAAAACUAAAGAUUCGUCACUUCUUAAAGAAAAAGUGGCUGGUUAUGAUUGGAGUCAGGGUCUCAACUAUGAUAAAUUACUCAACAGUUUUUUGCACACCGGUUUUCAAGCUACUAAUUUUGGUUUAGCGGUGGAAGAAAUCAAUCGAAUGAUCGAGUGUCGCAAGGCCCCGAUUUCCGAAGACCGAUAUGUGGAUGAUGAAGACCCUUUUAUUGGGGUCAAAAGCAACUGCACUAUUUUCCUGGGUUAUACCUCAAAUAUCGUGUCUAGUGGAUUACGAGAAACGAUCAAAUUUUUAGUGCAGCAUAAAAUGGUAGAUUGUAUUGUGACGACCGCUGGCGGCGUUGAAGAGGAUUUUAUUAAAUGUAUGGCGUCUACAUACUUAGGGGACUUUAGUUUAGAUGGUGUUAAUUUAAGAAAUAAUGGAAUUAAUAGAAUUGGAAAUUUGUUAGUCCCUAAUGAUAAUUAUUGUGAAUUUGAAAAUUGGAUUAUGCCUUUGCUGGAUGAAAUGUUAAAUGAACAAAAACAGGGGGCGUUGUGGAGUCCUAGUAAAGUAAUUAAUAGAUUAGGGGAGAGAAUAAAUAACGAAGAAAGUAUUUAUUAUUGGACUGCCAAGAACAAAAUUCCUGUUUUUUGUCCAGCCUUGACUGAUGGGAGUAUUGGAGACAUGAUGUUCAUGCACUCAUUUCGAAAUCCAGGACUUAUAUUAGACAUAAUUUCAGAUCUGAGACAACUUAAUUUAAUGGCAAUGAAAUCUAUCCAUAGUGGAAUGAUAAUCAUAGGAGGGGGUCUAGUGAAACAUCACAUUUGUAACGCCAAUCUGAUGAGAAAUGGCGCUGAUUAUUGUGUUUAUCUAAACACGUCUUCAGAAUUUGAUGGUAGUGACUCUGGGGCAAGACCCGAUGAAGCUAAAUCGUGGGGGAAAAUAAAAAAGGAAGCAAAGCCUGUCAAAAUUUACGCUGAAGCUAGUUUAGUGUUUCCAUUGUUAGUAGCCCAGACUUUUGCCAAAGAAUUUCAUUCAAAAGAAGAAUUAACCAAUAAAUAAAAAUUUACGUUUUAACAAAUUUUAUUAAUAAAAUAAGAUUUUAACUGCUUACAAUAUUAUGAAAAGUAUAAAAUUGACUUCAAAUAUGGAAGUUCGGUAACACGGCCGUUGCCAGUGCAGGAAACGUAAAAACGGCAAUUGUAAGGCUUUGGGCAUUUUCAUUUCCUGUCAUGGUUUUUUCUAUCCACUACACACUUAUUAGAGUACAUAAUGUAGAUAAAUGCUUACAACUAAAUAAAAUCACGAUUAUGUGAUGUUCGUUUUUAA